AAAGUCAAGAGAAAGGGUACUAAUGGUUCUUCCGAGCAAUACCAUGCCCCAACUAGGUAUGCUCCUACACCGGGGAAGGCAACUGUCCUUGCAUUGGGCAAGGCUUUCCCGAGCCAACGCAUCCCACAGGAUUGCUUGGUCGAGGGCUACAUUGGUGACAUGAAAUGUGAAGACGUCCCCAUCAAGGAAAAACUGGAGCUCCUGUGCAAAACCACUACUUUGAAGACUGGAUACACAGUGAUGUCCAAGGAAAUCCUAGACAAAUACCCUGAGCUAGCAACAGAGGGCACAGCCACCAUCAAACAGCGCCUCGAAAUAGCAAACCCUGUGGUGGUUGAGAUGGCUUUGGAAGCCAGCCUUGCUUGCAUCAAGGAAUGGGGAAGGCCUGUUGAAGAUAUCAUUCACAUUGUCUACGUAUCCUCAAAUGAAAUCAGACUACCUGGCGGCGACCUAUAACUCUCAAGCAAGCUCGGCCUAAGGAACGACGUUGGCCGCGUCAUGCUCUACUUCCUAGGAUUUUACGGUGGUGUCACUGGCCUCCGCAUUUCCAAAGACAUAGCUGAAAACUACCCAGGAAGUUGCGUCUUGCUAACCACUUCCGAGACCACAAUCCUUGGUUUCUGGCCCCCCAACAAGGCGUGCCCUUACGACCUUGUAGGGGCAGCGCUAUUCGGGGACGGGGCUGCAGCUGUGAUCAUUGGUAGCAACCCAAUAGCAGGGCAAGAGUCUCCUUUCAUGGAGCUCAACUAUGCCGUCCAGCAGUUCCUCGCGGAGACACACAAUGUGAUCGACGGCAGGCUGUUCGAGGAAGGUAUUAACUUCAAGCUUGGGAGGGACCUGCCUCAGAAAAUCGACCAAAACAUAGAGGUGUUUUGCAAGAAGCUGGUUGUGGCGGCCAAUGCGGAGCUGAGGGACUUCAAUGAGCUGUUUUGGGCAGUGCACCCGGGCGGACCGGCAAUUCUGAACAAGCUGGAGAGCACGCUAAAGCGGAGCAGUGAUAAGCUUGAGAGCAGCAGGAGGGCAUUGAUGGACUAUGGGAAUGUGAGCAGCAACACCAUUUUUUAUGUGAUGGAAAAUAUGAGGGAGGAGUUGGAGUUGAAGUUGAAGAAAAAGGUGCGGAGGGAAGAGGAAUGUUGACUUGCCUUGGCAUUUGGACCUGGGAUCACGUUUGAAGGCAUUCUCCUUCGCAGCCUCUAGUGGUGUGAAAUGUCUCAAAAUGCUAGGAGUGUUGUGCAUGUUGAACGGGACACUACGGAUACAGAAAUAUGAUACGCUGUUAGAAUUUGGUUAAUGAAAUGGGGUUGUUUAAAUUUAAGUUAAUUUGGUCAUUUCAAUGAAAUGGGGUUGUUCGAAGUAUAAUGAAGAUUAGUGUUGUUUUUUUCUUUAAA